GUACUGGUUGACGUGGUCGUGCAAGAGUCGUGUAAAUUCAAUAUUCUGUUCGCACAGUAUACAAAACAAAAAAAAGUCUGCAUUGACUUUAAUCAUAUUGGUUUCUUGAAUAUGAUCUGAAAUCAAAGGCAAAUCCUUCUAGAAUUAAGAAGACGACAAUGGAAGAGCCACUUCUUCCGAGAGAGGAGCAGUUAGUUUCUUGUAAGGCCACAUGGCAAAGUGGUCAGGUCACUGUCGAGCUGAAGAAAGUGAGCCGCUUGGCCGCUCCUAUGGCCACCGUGACCAUUGCUCAGUACUUGUUGCCUGUCAUCUCAGUCAUGGUCGCUGGUCACUACGGCGAACUCCAGCUCUCCGGCGUCGCUCUUGCAACCUCCUUCACAAACGUCACUGGCUUUAGUAUUAUGUAUGGAUUAGUGGGUGCACUAGAAACUCUUUGUGGACAAGCUUAUGGAGCCAAGCAAUACGAAAAAAUCGGAACCUACACAUACUCUUCAAUUGUUUCCAACAUACCAAUUUGUUUCCUCAUAUCCAUUCUCUGGAUGUACAUCGAAAAGCUCUUGAUCUCUCUCGGACAAGACCCUGACAUCGCUAGAGUGGCUGGCUCCUAUGCCUUUUGGCUCAUACCGGCUUUGUUCGCCCACGCUGUUGUCUUACCACUGACUCGGUUUCUUCUGGCACAAGGGUUGGUUCUUCCUAUGCUCUACUCUGCCGUAACCACCCUUUUGUUCCACAUCCUGGUUUGCUGGACUUUGGUUUUCGUAGUUGGUCUUGGAAGCAAUGGAGCUGCCAUGGCUAUUAGUGUUUCUUUCUGGUUUUACGUUGUGGUAGUUGCAUUUUACGUGAGAUUCUCCAGCUCUUGCGAGGUGACUCGCGGAUUUGUGUCCGAAGAUUUUCUGUCUUGUAUCAAGCAGUACUUCGAAUACGGAGUCCCUUCAGCAGGAUUGAUUUGCCUAGAAUGGUGGCUGUUUGAGCUGCUCAUACUCUGCUCAGGUCUUCUCCCAAACCCAAAACUCGAGACCUCUGUUCUUUCGAUUUGUCUUACAACAGGAACUUUGCACUAUGUGAUUCCUGCUGGGAUCGCGGCAGCUGUGAGCACACGCGUGUCAAACAAAUUGGGAGCUGGGAAUCCUCAAGUUGCUAGGGUUUCAGUAAUGGCAGGGCUUUGUCUCUGGCUAGUAGAGUCAGCUUUCUUUAGCACACUUCUCUUUACAUGCCGGAACAUCGUAGGCUACGCAUUCAGCAACAGCGAAGAAGUUGUUGACUAUAUGGCGGACAUAUCUCCUUUGCUAUGUCUCUCCUUCAUCCUCGACGGCUUCACUGCAAUUCUCAAUGGGGUUGCUAGGGGAAGUGGCUGGCAACACAUUGGAGCUUUGAUCAACGUGGUGGCUUAUUAUCUCGUAGGAGCUCCGGUUGGAGUUUACUUAGGUUUCAGUCGUGAGUUAAACGGAAAAGGACUUUGGUGUGGUGUUGUGGUAGGAUCCGCUGUGCAAGCCAUUAUAUUGGCUAUCGUGACAGCUUCCAUGAACUGGAAGAAACAGGCUGAGAAGGCAAGGAAGAGAAUAACCUCAACUGAAAAUGAAUUGGCUUAAAGAAAAGGGUGUUUCUGAGAGAUAUCUCAUAAUAUUUAGAUAUUCCAAUUGCCAAUGCUAAAAGACGGUCAUGGGUCAUUCUCUAUUUCUUAAUCCAUUUAGAGAGAGACGAUGUAAUAGUUGCAAGUGAAUAAAACCUCAUACCAGACGGAAAAUGGGGCGGACCUACUAAGACUCAAAGGGGGUCAGUUGACCACCCCCUAAAGUUUAUAUUUUCUCUUUUGUGUUUAGACUAUACUUCUCUUAUGCUUUUUAGCUUUUUUGUUUGCAUCUCCUAAAAUUAUUGAACCUAAUCUGUGGUUCUUUUAAAUAAAACAAAGAUAGUGUGUUUUUA